CUGCACUGAGAGAGAGAGGGGUUAAUACAGACACACUGACUGGACACUCCAGUACACGAACACUGAGAGAGAGGGCGGUUACACAGGGAUCUCACGGAGUGGAUGCUGUGGUUCUUUAAGAGCCGCUGGGACAGGGUGGGGAGUGUCGGGUGUCAGGGAGCGAGCAGGAGGAGGGACAGCUGUGCUCAAGUGGAGUCCCACACAGUCGGUCUAGCGGAUCGCGCUGGAGAGAUCGGCGAGCGCUGGGGCCUCUCUGACAGUGCUGCUGAGAUCCGUCCGCAUCGCGCAGUCUGCCAGUCUCUCCUCAGGAUGAGUGAGGCGGAUCGUCUGAGUCAGGCCUCCAGUGUGGCCACAGUGUCCUCUCUUCCUGCUGGGAGCAAGGCUUCUGUCUCCAAAGUACACAGUUUUGGGAAGAGGGGCCUGUCAGUGAAGAGAGACCCCAACUGCCCCGUCAUCAUCAGGGGGUGGCUGUACAAACAGGACAGCUCAGGACUGAAGCUGUGGAAGAGAAGAUGGUUUGUUCUGUCAGAUUACUGUCUCUUUUACUACAGAGGUUAG